CUUUCUAGCAAGACUGACACUUUGACUGACCGUUUUGUAUCCCCGAUUCGUGUCCAUUUCGAGCGACGAUUAUUACGCGCGUCCCGCUCCCCCCGAGCUCGCGUUCUCGCACAUACGCGAUAGCUCGUGCAGUACGUGUAAUCAGCGACGACGGCGGUGUGAUGGUAGAAAUGACGCGCUCGGUGCUCGUGUCGUCCUAGGCAGGCGUGUAUAAAAGUUGCCCUCGCGAUCGCCGCCAACUAUUCCGAUCCCGGCGACGACUGGCUGCUCGCGCGCGACCGGACUCGCCGCCGCGGCCCGUUUCAUCGGCGCGAAUCAGCCGAGUUACCGAGCCACUCCCGUGGCUUUCGUCGCGACGACCCCGAACUCCCCGCGACGAGGGACUCUAGCACCGAUCGGCACCGAGCGAUUUCCUCGCGAGCGCGGAGCGGGAUUUGAGGGUGAGAUCUCCGCUUUCGCGUUUAGCUUGAGCCUCACGUUUCGUCUUCCGCCGAGGAGCCGGGAUGCAAGCCAACCGGGUCAAUUCGUCCAGGAAGGAGGAGGAGAAGGAGAGGGACGACGAAUGCGAGUGCAAAAUGACCAGAUACAGCGAUGGCUCCGUACGGCUGCGAAACCCCAACAUCGAGCUCAUGGACCAGGACAUACUGUACCACCUCGCGCUCGGCAGCGGCUCCCACGACCUCGUCGAGAUGUUUGGCGACGUCAAGUUCGUCUGCAUGGGCGGGACGCCGAAACGGAUGGAGCAGUUCGCCAAUUACAUCAUGAAGGAGAUAGGUCACAGGCUGCCGGCCGGAACGACCCUCCUCGACAUCAGCCAGUACUCCUAUCGCUACUCCAUGUACAAAGUCGGUCCGGUGCUCUCGAUCAGCCACGGAAUGGGCAUACCUUCGGUCGGGAUCCUGCUGCACGAGGUGAUCAAGCUGAUGUACCACGCCAAGGUGAAGGACCCGGUCUUCUUUAGGAUCGGCACUUGCGGCGGUGUCGGCUACGAAGGCGGCACGGUCGUCAUCUCGCAGGAAGCUGUGGACGGGAUGCUGAAACCUUAUCUGGAACUGUUGGUGCUGGGGAAACUGAUACGCCGGCCGGCCAAGCUCGACCGGCAGCUCACCCGCGACCUCAGGGCCCUGGCGCAUCGCGACGAUCCCUACGACACCGUGAUCGGCAAGACCAUGUGCACAAACGACUUCUACGAGGAACAGGGCCGGCUGGACGGCGCGUUCUGCGAGUUCUCGGAGGCUGACAAGAUGGACUACCUCACAAAGAUGCACAAAGCUGGCGUGGUGAACAUCGAGAUGGAGAGCCUCUGUUUCGCCGCGCUGACGCACCACGCCGGCAUCCAGUCCGCCGUCGUGUGCGUGACAUUACUGGACCGACUCAAAGGCGACCAGGUCAUGGCGCCCAAGGAGGUGUUGGACGAGUGGCAGAUGCGGCCGCAGACGCUGGUCGCUCGUUACAUCACCACGUACCUGCAGAGGAAGGGCCGCCUGUCGCUGGAGGGCCACGGCUCCAUGUGCGUCAAGAGCCCGCGCCGGUACAAGCUGGUGCAGCAGGAGUCGGAGAAUUACGACUAAGCGCUCGCCGGGCGAUCCGCGGUCGCUUCACGCCGGGGAACGGGGCUGCGCGGACGGGUGUCACCUCGGCUCGACCUUCGGGGAGAUCAGCGACUCGAUCACCGGCGCUCGCUCGUCUGCGAGGAAAACCGGCGGAACCGGCCGGCUUGAAUCGAAUCGGGGAAAAGAGGAGGGCUGCUUUCCUUUUCUUCCUACGCGUCCGGGGCAAAAUUGUCACGCUGUAUCAUCCGUAAUAAUAAUAACAACAGAACACGUCUCGCCGUCUCUCGCCCUCACCGGGCACCAGAGCAGGCGGAGAAACAAAGAGCAAGAGAAAGAAAGCGGUAUUCCGUGAUCCCCGAGAGAGGACACUCUCUCGACUCUUCCUCGCCGUCUCGUCUCGCGCCCGGUCACCCCCAAGUACAAAGCGUGCGGAGUCGCGCCUCUCCAACGGGAGGAAGCCGCACGCGAACGCGGUAGUUUGUUUUGCGAGUCUCCCGCGAGGAGGACGAGGCGAAAUCCGACCUGCGAUAUCGUCGCACUCCACAUGACCAACAA